AUGAGUAGUAUGACUUUUUUUUUUAUUCUUGUGUGUAUAAUAGCUAUACUUUUUUUAGUUCUUAAUUUUGUUUUUGCACCUCAUAACCCUUAUCAAGAAAAAUAUAGUAUUUUUGAAUGUGGUUUUCAUAGUUUCUUAGGUCAAAAUAGAACACAAUUUGGUAUAAAGUUCUUUAUAUUUGGUUUAGUUUAUUUAUUAUUAGAUUUAGAAAUUAUAUCUAUAUAUCCCUAUGGUGUUAGUGAAUAUGAUAAUGGUAUAUAUGGUUUAGCCAUUGUACUUAUUUUCACUCUUAUUAUAACUGUAGGAUUUGUAUUUGAAUUAAGUAAAAAUGCUUUAAAAAUAGAUAGUAGACAAUCUCUUACUAAUUUAAAAAAAUCUAAUACAUAUUUAGAUACUUUCUCAGAAAAAUAA